UUAUUAUUAGGGCUACGCAUCGAGUUCAGUUUGAAGACGCAGAAGAAGAAAAAACAACUGAGAGGAAAGAACCUGCGCAGGGUGUGAAACAGAGUAAUAGCAGCCAUGAGUAGAAGCUUGGGAAUACCAGUGAAACUAUUACAUGAAGCAGCAGGUCAUAUUGUAACUGUAGAACUAAAGAGCGGAGAGCUUUACCGAGGAAGUAUGAUUGAAUGUGAAGAUAAUUGGAAUUGUCAGCUUGAAAACAUUACAUACACUGCCAAGGAUGGGAAGAUAUCACAACUCGAGCAUGUCUUCAUUCGUGGCAGCAAAGUCAGAUUUAUGGUCAUUCCGGAUAUGCUGAAAAAUGCACCCAUGUUCAAGCGCUUGGAUGCUAGAAUCAAGGGUAAGGGUUCAUCACUUGGAGUUGGACGUGGUCGUGCUGUUGGAAUGCGAGCCAGAGCUGCAUCUACAGGGCGUGGUGCUCCACCUGGUGCUGGUAGAGGUGUGCCACCUGUACGGAGGUAGGUGAGUCCUCCAAAGGGGUUCAUAACAGACUUCUUUCUUCAGAGUGAGCGGGUGAGAAGGUGGUGUAAGUAAAAACUUCAGCAGCUGUAGUAUGAUACAGAACCCGCCAAACAGAUCUUAGGAUGUAACUCAGACUGAUGCAAUUUUUAUGCUCACAUUCUUAGACCUUGUGGCUUGUAUUGGCUUUCUGAAUGUUAUCUUUCUCCUGUCGAAAACAGUUUUUAUGUAUUUACUGUUUACCCGAAUAGAUCAGCACAUUUACACUUACUUUUUAUCAAAUGCUUCCCUGUUGAAGUAUUACAUGGAU